UAUCUUCCCCCGCCUGGGCUAUUUUGGCUGCAACGACAUCUGACGAGCAAUUUUACUCUUUGUCCUUCCACCACCACCACCACCGUCAACGUUCUCCUUAGACAGAUCUUGAUCUACGUUCAGCACUUCAUUUCUCAAUGUCACCAGUCGUAAUGGAACCUCCCCCGAUACAGAACAUGCAUAGUCCAGCGCUGGGAAACAUGACACGUCUGCAGUUCAAUGCCGCACCCCUCAAUGCCAGCACACAAGUAGACCACAUCAGGCAGAACGAUCACCCUCUCUCUCCGUCUCCGAACACGCAGCAAACCAACAUGUCCUCGGAAUUCUUCAUUGAUCCUCAACUGAACGACGAAUCUCCUUCUGAGCCUUCUAUGGAGUCUAAUCAACUCAACAAGCUAUCUCCGAGUCGGCAACCUUGCCAGAACUGCCAUACUCUUGACACUCCGUUAUGGAGGAGAGACGCCGACGGAAAUCCAGUCUGCAACGCUUGCGGUCUCUAUCAGAAGGCUGGUAAAGGGCGUCGUCCGGCAACACUCCAAGCCAGCAUUCCUAAUCAAACCUCGAACAGCGACCAAAUGGGUCCACGUAGAGCGUCCAAAUCUCCACCAGCUUCAGCCGCUGUUACCUCCCCAGACAUGUCACACAAACGGCCAACUACGACUUCGACGACCACAGCCGCUACCAACUCAUCGGUGCCUACUCAACAAACCGGUGGCACCUGUCCUGGAGACGGCCGAUGCGAUGGUACAGGUGGGACGUCAGCCUGUUCGGGCUGUCCUACAUAUAAUAAUGCCCUUAUAGCGUCGGCGAGGUUGGGGGCGGCUCAGGUGCAGAAUGAAACUUUGCUCGCGAGUACAGCCGCCACUUCGUCAGGGUCGACAGGCGGGCCAAUCUCUGGUCCACAACAGUCGUCAUCAAAGGGUGACACCGAGCAUGAUGGCAGGGCUAGCCCAGAUGCGAAUGGCGGAACCGCCCCUUUAUCGCGCAAACCUAGAGGUGCUGUUGGUGCUCUCAACUGUGCUAAUUGUGGAACGAGCACCACCCCGUUAUGGCGAAGGGAUGAUGUUGGAAACAAUAUUUGCAAUGCUUGUGGUCUCUACUACAAGCUUCACGGGACGCAUCGUCCCAAUUCUAUGAAAAAGUCGGUCAUCAAACGACGAAAACGUGUACCCGCUGCUGGUGGUGCAGGUGCUACAGUUAUGCCUAUGCGUAUGACGGACCCGGCUGCUGCUGAGACGUUGGUAUCCCUGGGUCGAGGAGGGAUGGGAGGUGCUGGAGGAGUUGGAGAAGAUAGCGAUGAAGUUGACUCUGACCAGCCUAGGAAGAAGAAGCAACGGAGGAGUGGGAAGGGCGAUGAAGAUGCUGCUAUGUAUGAUGAGCAUCGACGACAGUAUGAUGGAGGAGCAAGACCGACUUCACCACAUCAUCAGCGGCCUUUUUCGAGGAAUACCUCGUUUCCAGCUGGGACGUUACCUGGCAUAACUUCAAUGGAUAUUGGGGCUUCAGGGUCGGUCAUGUUCGUUCCUGCACCUGGUGUCGGAUUUAUGAGGUCGAAUUCGUCGGCACCCAGUCGGACACAUUCGCCUUCGGCCGCUCAAGGCGGUAGUAUGUUGUUACCCCCUCCUCAUGGAUUGUCGGGUGCUAGUGGGAACAUCUUCCAGACGCAAGACAUGUCGAUGUCGACCUUGUUGGCUAUUGCGGGAGGCGUGAUGAUGCCUUCUUUGGGAGAACUGGAGAGACAAUAUGCUGAGAUGGGCGAGGAGAGGAAGAGGAUGGAGGAGGUGUUGGAGAGGACUGAUAGGAUGAUGGCAGGGUUGAAGAGGGGGAUAGAUGAGAUGCGUGCUAGGGCUUCGUCUUCGCCAUCGGUGUCAGCGCAAUCUCCGGCGCAGCAGCCAACCUCGGCACCGCUUGCAAGACCUUCGACUGCUGCGGAAAAGGACAAACGUGAAAGUGUGUGGCCGACUGAACCAGAACCUCGUGCAUAGGCGGAUAUCUAUUCUUUUUCAUGAUUAUGGUCGUAUGUUUAUCGGUCACUCUUUUCUCCAUAGCUAUUGGCCACUUCCCAUAUCCGUCCUUCGGUCCUUUUUAUCGCAUUCUCUUCGUCUUUUGCGAGCAUAACAUAUAUGUUACUCUAUUCUUUUAUUUGGGUUCGAUAUUUUAUUUUAUUCCCCUUCGUUCCGUGUAGUUAUCUAUUCCCCCCUCAUUUAUCUUACUCUUAUUGUCUAUUACUCGUUUCUUUUUCUAUUUGCUAUGUCGUAUAUGCGUAGGUAUUUGCUGUGUUAGCUCCCCAUUUUAUCGUACAGGUUGUGUAGAACACCCCGACGUUGUUAUAAUAAUCGAAGCAG